AUGAUGGCAAAGGGAAGGGAUACCUGGAAACGCGAGGAUAUUUCUUUGUCGCGGUUUCCCCUAUAUAAGCUCCGAUUCUUCAGGAUUUCGAGUAUCAUCGUUUCAGCUCGUCCAUUGUACGCUCCUACGUUCAAACUACCUACUAUCAACAUGUUCAAGUCUCUGUUGUUCGCCGGAUUAUUGGCCGUCGCCAUGGCCGCCCCGUCGCCGGUACCAGCUCCAGUUCCGGCUCCGGCCCCGGCUCCAGCUCCGGCACCAAGCUCCGCAGCUUUGAUCGGUGCUCCAGUCGCGGCUGCUUCAUGGGGGGCGGCUUUGAGCUCCAACAUCGCGGCUCCUCUCGUCUACACGAGUUACCCGCCGCCCCUACCCCUAGCCGGUUACAUACCCUCGUCGCCUUACAUCUAUAAGAGCUACAUUUACUAAUAAUUACACCAACAACAAACCGUCCAAGCAACCGAUCCUCUCGUUUUUCCUAAACUUUGAAAAAAAAAAUUACUAAUCCUUGUACUUUCCACGAAGGUAUCGUUUUCCUACUUCGAUUCUCCGUCAAUGUUCUGUAUCUGUAGACUUUCGUUUCAAUAAAGUCGUUUAAAGGCAA